AUGGGAAAGUCACCUGGGAAAUGGAUCAAAACAUUCUUAUUUGGGAAGAAAUCUUCAAAAUCAAGUGUGCCGAAAAGAAGGGCGUCUGUAAGUUUGGCAUAACGAUAGAAUUUAUGCAUUUCUCCUUCACUUUUUUGUCAUCAAUAAUUCCUUAACAUUUUCCAUUAUUGAUAUUUUAAAAUUAUGAUACAACUAAUGUCUCAGUUAUUCUUUUAAUUUUUAUGACACUCUCUGCGUCUGUGCUGAUCCUUUCCUAUUUUUUAAGCAAUUUUCUCUCUUUGAAAAUUAGAACCGUCAUUUUCUAUUCAUUGUGUGCUGUAUGGAAUUAUCAUGUCACCAAAGAAUCUGUACUUCACGUGCAUUUCUAGCAGCUCAAGCUUAAAGUGGUUUUUCUAUCUGUUUGAUUCGAGUCAGAUAGUCGUUCAGCAUUCAUUUGAUUUUUUUUUUGACGUUUGUGUUGUGAAUUGAACCUUUUAAUGUACUAGUACCUCCUAUCAAUUUGAGAUGUUAUAACAUCAUUCUACGUUGCUAAAUUUGGGUUUUUUGAAAAUCAAUUCUAGUAUCUAAUCCCAAUUAUUGUUAUUUUAUGUCGUCACAUAGUCAUAUCUUGUCUCCUAUGAAAUAGAUAUCGGUUUCCUUUUUCGUGUCUUUUGUUAUUUUAUUCUUUUAGUCAUCAACUAACUAUGUAGUUUUUCUGCUUUAUGCAAAAUGAAAUUUGCGCAUAUCCUUCUCCAAGCGAUUUAGUGGUGUUUUGUCCUUAAAGAAGUGAAUGAGAACUGGACUCACUUGUCCUUUUAACUGUUUAAUUAUAUGUUAUAAUAUGCAUAAUUCAGGUAGAUGCAUUUUUCUUCUCGUUUCUUAAUUUUCUCUAAGUUUCUAGUUCAGUAAGACAUGCAAAAAGGAGCUUUUAAUUUCAGGUGACCAUUAAAUCUAAUUGUUUAACAUACUCGUCAUUCUUCUACUCAUCAGGACGACGGAUUUAAACUAUAAACUAAGAAAUCAUCGGGACAACGGAUCAUGUAAAUGCUAUAAAACUAAGAAAUCAGAGAAAAUAGUUUUGAAAUUCGGUAUUUCAAAAUUCUAUAAAACUAACAAAUGACAAUUGCUGUGCAAAAUUCUUCUGAAUUUGUAAAAGUCUAGGAUGUGUUUUUGGUAACAUUUUAUUUAAAUGUUAAUUACAUGGUGAUGGUUCGAACUACAUCUUUCUUACUUUUAUGACCUUGGAUCACUUGAAAAAUGUUUUAAAGUUUCAAAUCUGCAUCUAUACACGUAAGAAUUUGUGAUAAGCGAAUUGCCAGCAUUUACGCAGGUAAUAUAUAUAUAUAUAUAUAUAUUGACGACAUUAGGAAAUUUUGAUUUGUUGAAUUCCGGCGAAUGAUGAUGACAUUGUACUUUUUUUUUUCUGAGGCCAGACUGUUCGAAGUAAAAGGAUUUACGUAGUAUUAUUCGAGUGUCUUAACAAGGAUUUGAUGUAUACAACUUGUUCAGCUUGAAUGCUAACCAAUUAUCAAAAUAUUCCUGCUAAAUUGUAUAACUUCGUGAUGUGUUGGAUGCACACAUUCAGACACUAUCAGACUAAGAAAAACUUGUAAGAUUCAAAUAUCAUGAUUUUCCUCUGGUUGGUGAUCGUAGCUUUUGGAAAAGUGGUAGACUAACUGUUGACACUGAGGUAAGUGGGUGGUUAAUCAGCCGCCUAGCAAUGAAGUAGAGCAUUUCGUCAUUCUGUAAAUACUUCACGUACUAUAGGCCUGUGCAACUGCAGAUAGAAUAUGCGGCAGAGUGAAAUAAGGAAGGCAAACAUUCACAUUGCCUGCAGAGUCUUGUUUGAUUACAUUUAUGAGAAUAGGAAUCAGCAUGUGGCCGGUUUCGUAUGUUGUUUCCUAGAUGCUUAUGCAAGCCUUCCUUGAGGACAGAUGGCCUUAGACUCUUUGAGCACUAAUAAUUUCUAUGAUGUAGAGGGUAAUUUAUACUGUGGAUGUUGGCCGCGGGAUCUAAGGUCAAGAAUAAUUUAAGCACAUAUUUGAUCAACACAUUUAUGGAUGCUUGUAUAUGAACUCAUGCAUGGUUUCUUGUUUGACGCAUAACAGAUUGCUGGGAGUAAAGUAAAGGAAAGCAGUUUUACACGGUUAGAAUUUCUUUAACAAAUUGAACUGGUGAGCUGGUUUUGGAUUCUGCUUAGAAGCAUAAUCCCGUCUUAAUUCAGGUGUGGAUUAGUUGAGGUCACGAGGUGUGAAUUUAUUGAUAUUUACAUGGUUCAGUAUUUUCUUUUAACUUUCUUUACGCUCAGUUUCUUUUCUUUUUAUCUAGAGUUUUUCACAAUGUUAUGGCAUUCAUUACGUCUGGGUACUCCCGUAACUCAUUAUCUACUCCUCGACAUUCAGAUUUAAACUUAUAUUUCAAUUUUCUUUGAAGAAGGCUGCAAACAGCAAGGAUUGGAAUGGGGAGAAAGGGCCCACUUCGACGAUAGAUUCAGGAGUUACUUCAGAGCAAGCUCCCAAUAUCACCGAUGGGAAUGGAAUGAAUCCGAAGCUACAAAAGGGUGCUCCAUCUGAUCUACACGGUGGUGGGGAAAUACUGUCAUCCAAACAAAAAGGUUCGAGCGAAACAGUUUGUCCAGCAGUCAACACAUCAACUAACUCUGAGAGAUCUAGAGAAGAACUAGCCGCAAUAAAGGCGCAAGCAGCAUUUAGGGGUUACCUGGUAAUGAUCUAUUCUGUUUCAGAUUAAUGUGUUACUUUUAUUUAUGAUGCAUGAGUAGAAAUGUAUGCGUGCAUGGUACUUCUCCAGCUCUAUUGAUCUACUCAUUCUUUAAUGAGCACCACAUGUAAUUGCCACACCCUUGUAAAAGUUAGCCUCUUGCAUCUACAAGUCACUGUGUUCAACUUUUACCCCGCUUAGUCAUGAAAGAAAGUAGCAAGAUUUUUGUUCUUCCAGGAUUCAGAAAAAUGUAAGGGGUUGCUUGCAGUCAACUUUGAGAACCCUAAUAAAUCACAUUAAUCAAAUGCACAUUCACAUCAGUAAGAAUGUAGUACUGAUGCUUAAGUUUUCCUGCAGGCUCGGAGGGCAUUUUGUGCGCUGAAAGGCAUCAUCAGACUGCAGGCCCUUGUUCGUGGACACUUAACCCGGAGACAAGCUCUUGCGACACUUAACUGUAUGUGGGGAAUCGUGAAGUUGCAGUCCCUUGUCCGUGGCUGUAGAGCGAGGAGCAGUAUCAAUUUUGAAGUUAAAAGCAGCUCAUAUCGUUCAAAGGUUAAGUAAUGACCCUGACUCAAAAUCUAUGAGAGUGACUUUGCAGAGAGUAUUAGGUUACGGUUUCCAUGAGAGUUUCAUAUUAUUUAUUUCUAUUGAGCUUCUAGAAGCAGAAAUGAUAUCAUUAUUUCAUACCGCAUUCCUUAUUUUAACUGAAUUUUCCUAAUGGUUUUGUGUGUCUCUUUUAAGUAACGUCGACGUAUAUAUUUUUUCCCCUAGUCAUUUCCUAACAGAAAUGCCAUUCCUUUUCUACCUCAUCUAAUUUAAUGCAGAAUUAAGUUUUUAAAUUGAGUUUUUCUCAGGUUGGUAGACACACAGACCCUUUGGGAGUGAAUGGGUUGGCAAACAAGGGGAAGGUUUCUAAUAAUGCAUUCGUUCGUAAGGUACUCAUGUGUUUGUGACUUGCAAAAGUAAUCAAUUCGUCUAAAUUUAACCUGUCUAAUUUGUUCCUUUUUUUUUUUCUAAAUUUCUUAUAGCUCGUCUCUUCAUCAAUUAGUUCAAAGCCUUUGGGAUUUCAGUAUGGCACAGAGGAACCCAAUUCAGCAUGGAGAUGGCUGGAUCGUUGGACAUCUUCCGUAUUUUGGAAAUCACCUCCACAGCCGAAGAAAAUUGCUGAUCCAAAGCCCCAAGGCAGGCGUUAUGCGAUGGAAACCGAGUCAGGUAGAUCAAAACGCACCAUGCGGAAGAAUUUUGGAGCAAAUGCUGAAUCAGGGUUGAAUAAUUCGGCUUCUGAAUUGGAUAAACCCAAACGCAAUCUCAGGAAAGUUUCGAGUUAUCCAGCAGACAUUGUGCCGGAAAAUCCACAAUCAGAGCUCGAGAGAGUGAAACGUAGCCUCAGAAAGGUAUCUAGUUCCAUGGCAGAGGGUCCUGAUCGAGCUGAGAUUGAAACAGAGAAACCGAAGCGGAGUGUGCAGAGGGUUUCAAACUCAUCUGACAUCCUUGAGCAGGGUCUUGAGAAUGGUUCAGAGAAAUUGCAGACGGGUCUUGUGAACCUGUCACUGGGUACUGCUGCGACUGUAGUGGGCACCACGAAGCAUAGCGUCCGGAAGGUCUUAAACGGGGAUGUCGAUCGGAAUGCCAAGGAUACCGCCGAAAGCGUGAAGAAAGAUGCUGUGGAUACAAAGAUUUCUCGGAAUGUCGAAGCAAUUUCAUUCCCGCCUUUGAUAGACGAAGUAGCUGAUGCAACAGUGGAGAAUCAUAAUGCGCCUGAGUCAAAUUCGUUGCCAAACCUUGGGAAAGUUGAGAGAUCUACACAUGCGAAUGGGGAGUUGAGCGCUGAGGAGGAAGCGUCUGAAGAGAACCACAAGACCGGCAAGAGGAGGGCUUCGUUUUCUGCCAAGCCGGAUUACCCUGAAAACGGGGUACAGAACACUCCAAAACUGCCCAGUUAUAUGGCUGCUACUGAAUCCGCAAAGGCCAAAUUGCGUGCACAGAACUCGCCAAGAAUUGGGACGGAUGAAGCUGACAAGACGGGUUUCACUCGGCGUCAUUCUCUGCCAUCUUCCAUUAAUGGAAAGCUCAACUCCGUAUCUCCGCGGACUCAGAGACCAGUUCAGACAAGUGGGAAGGGAGCCCUCAGGAGCGACAGAUCCCUUUUGUCUUCUCGAGAUGGCAAUGGUCAGUAUUGAUCCGACUCUGUUCUUCUCCCUGGAGCAUUGCGAUUUACCUAUCCUUGUGGUUUCCCUGCACCAUCAUCGUGUUUUCAUCGUAGUUCAUAGCCUUCUUUUGCUCACUGGCUGUCUUUAUCCUAAAAUGAAGAAAUAAGUGCUCGUAGUUGACUUGUAUGCUGCAAAUCAGGCCUCCCCUGAUGCCUCUAAUUUUCUUUUUUUCUACUGCUCGAGCUUUUUAUUUAUAUCCUCUCAUGAAAGCUGCUCUGCAAACUACGUGCAUUUCCAUCAUAAAGAUUAAACUUGGUGAUCGGAACGAAUUCGUUUUAUCUAUUCUUAGAUAAUCAUGCACGAAAUCCCAAAUAAAUAUUUUUUUUCAAAAAUAUAUUCUUGUUGUUAUUCAUCUCUGAAUUAACACUGUCGGAUAUUGGAUGUCAUCUUAUUCUGGGUUUAAACUUGCAUGUAUUGAUUGGGUGAGGAAAAAAAAUUAGAUUGUACAAGGCCCUUUUAUUUUUAUUUGUAUUUUUAUUUUUGAACUUGGAAAUACGUUGAUCUGGACCCUUACACGCCAUCUUGAUUCUUUCUAUCAGAUAAGCCCGUCCAAGCGGAGUGGAGGCGUUGA